GGAGUGAGCAGGGCUGGCCCGCAGCAGCUGGACGGCCGCCACCACGCGCGGCCUCUGGGAAGGGCCCAGCGGGAGCCCAGCAGGCAGGGCCCAGGCAGGACACCCACAUCUCGAGCAGGGGAUCGAUUAUAGAACGAAUCUACCACAGGCUUGAUUUACUUUCGAAUGGACUCGACAAAUACGCAGGAUGCUGGUGCACAUCUGCGAAGAUGGUACGCAUGGGUUUGCAGAUUCGACGAAAAACGCUCGUCCGUUCGUGCGUUCCCUCUCCCUCGGUUUCCCCGCUGUCCAGGCUGGACGGUCAGCGCUUCUCGCUCCCCCCGGACGCCUACGUCGGCAACGUCUAUGGCUCGUCGAUGAAGGCCAUGGGCGAGGGACGAUCUGCGGAGAUCCCGAAGAUGAAGUCGCGGAUGGCGCUGGGCGAGGGCAACCGCGAGGCGCCCACGAGGGACCAGAUGAGCUGUGAGCCGGCGCUCAUGCACAUCACUAUGGACUCCACGCUCGGGCCAGUGUGGAUCCUCGGCAUGCCGUUCUUCCGCAAGUACUACUCGGUCUUCAGGCAGCCCAACCGCGAGAAGAACCUGGGGCCCUCCUUCUACGUGGCCGCUGCCACCAGCGACUGCAACACGGCCAACAGCGCUUCCAUGGAGUCGGGCUUGCUGGGCGGCUCCGGCAACGCCCGCGAGCGCGAGCACGAGCUGGUGAACGGGAGCUGGGCCCACGGCCACCGGGCGCGCGAGGUGGACAUGUCCAAGGUGCAGGUGCCCAGCUGGGUGCAUCGUGCCAGCAAGCUCGGCCGCCUGGAGGAGGUCGUCCGCCAGCCCCGCGUGAUCGGCACGCCAGAGGAGGUGGGCCAGGCGUGGCACCACCACAGGGAGGACAUGGCGACCUGAGCGGGGCGAGGCGCCCCUGACGGCCCGUCGUGCGCCGCACGCCCGCGCGCUGCGGGCUGCGAGCUGCACUGGCACCGGGGGAGGCUGGGGAGCGCGGCGGGCAGACG